UCGCCGUAGUUGGAGAUUGCCCCAACCCAGGUGGUCGCGAUCAUUGGAUUGACGUGGCUAGCUCUGGAAUAGUCAUUGAAGACAAAUCUAGCAGCUCUACGUUGAACCAUCUCGGUCUUGUUGAUGUUCCUCUUGGUGUAAGUGAUCCAGACUGUAGAAACAUACUCAAGUUGUGGACGGACAAGACUGGUAUACGCUCUUGA